AUGGUGUUAUAUCACAAUGAGCUUCCCAACUCUGCUUCUGUAGAUAAGCUUAUGUCUGAUGAAGAUGUUCUGAAAAUGUAUCGAGCUGCAAAGGGUGGAAGGUUCUGGGGUACAAAAACAGAGACAAAGAGAAAUGUUGAGCAGCCAACGAAUGCAAAGGGUAAAACAGUGAAGAUAGUGGAGCAAGAACCAGUGGAGGAUUUUGGGGAUUUUUCAAAACCUGAGGCACCAAAGAAUGCAAAGGGAAAAACAGUGGCUAAGGCAGCAAAGAAGGGAAAUGGUAAAACAAUGGUUGAGGUAGCAAAGAAGGGAAAGGGUAAAACAGUGGCUGAGGCACCAAAGAAGGGAAAGGUUGCAAGGUCUUUAAAGGAUAAGGAAAUGGCUGAACCUGAGCCACCAAAGAGUGUAAGGGCUGCAAGGUCUUCAAAGGGUAAAGAAGUUGCUGAACCUGAGGCACCAAAGAGGGCAAGGGCUAUAAGGUCUUCAAAGGAUGCAUCUAGUUUUGCUGACAGUGAGUACGGAGGGGAUAACAUUGAAGAGAUAACUGAGGAAACCAUAUUUUUGCAACAAUGGAUUGCAGACCAUGCCCCAGUUGAAGAUACUUUUCAGCCUCUUGAAGAUGAAGAGAUAAAUGAGGGUGAAUGUGGUGUUGUUAAUGAAAGUGGUGUUAUUAAUAAGGGUAAAGGUGGUGUUGUUAAUGAGGGUGAAGGCCCAAGUGGGGACCAACCUUUACAUGCUAGUCCAAGUGGGGACCACCCUUCACAAGCUGGUCCAAGUGGGGACCACCCUUCACAGACUGGUCAAAAUGAAGACCAACCUUUACAGACUGGUCAAAAUAGGGAGCAGCCUUCUCGAACUACGGAUUUUCACCACAUAGAUCUUGAAGACACCAGAAUGGAAGAGGGGGAUCAAGCAGUGGAGGAUGAGUUAAGAAGUGUUCAUUCAGAUGAAGAUGAUGAAACAGUUGCAAGGGGAAAAAAUUCAAACACUAUAACCAUGAAACAGACAAACAAAACCCUUGACUGCAAGGUUUUCAGAAAAGCUGUUCGUGAAUAUUGCUUGUUGAGUGGGAAAGAGGUCACUUUCACCAGGAAUGAAAAGUAUAAACUGAAGGCAGUUUGUAAAGCAGUGAGCUGUCCAUGGCAGAUUUAUGUGGCUUGGAAAAACCCUACAGAUCGAAGCUUAGUGGUGAAAUACUAUAAUCUCAAUCACAAUUGUGUCAAAGUAUUUGAAAACACACAAGCCUCAACCUCUUCUGAGUUUAAAGUAGGUAUAUCUAGGAUGAAAGCUUACAGGGCAAAGGCAGAGGCGCUUCGAAUGAUUGAAGGAUCAGUUGCUGAGUAA